AUGUUCAAGUGUGUGGCAACCUUAUUAAUUGUUGCUGGCGUCUGUUUGAUUGCCGGUACCAAUGGUUUUUUUCUCAGCAAAACUGAUAAAUGCCAAGUAGCGGUGUUCAAAGGUGGAAAAGAAUUUGGUGGUGAAAAAAUCAUGGCGAAUAAAUCGUUUGUACCAUACUUAAAAUCAGUCGGUCAAGUUGCUAAAGCAUGCAAAGUGAAAGUUCAUGUUAUUGACUCAUAUAAACAAUUGAAAACACCCAAAGACUUCGUUUUAUCAUCUGAAAUGCCCAUGGCUCUUGGCACUGGUAUUCAUUUCGAUUUACAAGAUCAAAAAGGUGGCACUGUUUGCAAUAAACUCUGUAUGGUUUCCCGUUCAUGGAAGACACUUCCCGACGCGACUUGCUUCAUCAACGGUCUCAAAACUAAAGGAAUUAAAUUCACUGAACCAAAUCUUAUCGAUGAUGGCAGUGUAGGUAAAUUAACAUCGACACAACUCGAUCAACUCAAAGUUCAUACACAAGAACUAUGUGCACCAAAAAAGAAAACAAGCAAAGGUUAA